AUGGUCGACGCUACAAAAGCACAGACGCUGCGGUCACGUCGCAACGACUCUGCCACUGCACAUACCACCGACGCCGUCGCAUCCACUCGAGCCGACCACUCGAUCGUAACCGAUGUCAAACUUGGCUCCAAGUCGAACUGGGGCGUGGUAUCGCCUCACGUCCAUUCGCAUGCAGCAGACUCGCUCAUCACGUUGGUGCUCUUUGCACUGGCUGCUGCGCUUCGCUUGUAUCGCAUAUCGUUCCCCGAUCAGGUAGUGUUUGACGAGGUCCACUUUGGCAAGUUUGCCGCCUACUACCUUCGUCGCGAGUUCCACUUUGACGUGCAUCCUCCGCUUGCAAAGCUCAUCAAUGCCUUUGCAGGCUACCUAGCUGGUUUUGACGGUCACUUUGAAUUCGACCAGAUCGGCGACAAGUACCUCGACAACAACGUUCCCUACAUUCGAAUGCGUGCCGUGCCCGCCAUCAUCGGCAGUCUGCAGGUGCCCCUGGUUUACGCCAUUAUGCGUCAGAGUGGAUAUGCGCCCGUCAUUGGCGUCUUUAGUGCGGCUCUACUGCUCUUUGACAAUGCUCACAUCGCCCAAGAUCGUCUGAUUCUGCUCGAUGCUCCUCUGAUCCUCUUCAUGAUGCUCAGCCUGUACUCCUACAUCCGCUUCUACAAGCUUCGCUACAACGAGUUUUCGUCCGAAUGGUGGGUUUGGCUCUGCGCUACCGGUGUCAAUCUCGCCUUGACCAUGAGCUGCAAGAUGGUCGGUCUUUUCACCUUUAUCACGAUCGGCUCCGCCGUCGCCUGGGAUCUCUGGAAGCUCCUCGACAUUCGACGAGGUCUCGAGAUCGAGCACGUCGCGCGCCACUUUUUCGCGCGCUUCUUUGCCCUCAUCCUCCUCCCCUUUGGCGUCUACCUGUUUUGGUUCUGGGUCCACUUUGCCAUUCUCAUCAAGAGCGGUCCUGGCGAUGUGUUUAUGAGCUCGCAAUUCCAGCAGACGCUCACUGGCAACGAGAUGCUUAGCAACGCUCGCGACAUCCAGUACUUUGACAAGCUCACCCUCAUGCACAAAAACACAAAGGCCUUGCUUCACUCGCACGUCGAACGCUAUCCUCUCAAGUACGACGAUGGACGCAUCUCCAGUCAAGGCCAACAGGUCACCGGCUACCCGCACAACGACACCAACAACGUCUGGCAGAUCAUUCCAACUAAACCCAUCCCCGAUCACGACGCCACUGGCCGUCUGGUGCACCACAAGGACACCCUCCGACUGCUUCACGUCAACACGGACUCGUAUCUGCUCACGCACGACGUCGCGUCGCCGCUCAUGGCCACUAACGAAGAGUUCACCACGGUACCUGCCAACGACACUUCGCGCUACGACGACACGCUCUUUGAACUUCACCUCGACGAAGCCGAUGGCACCGACAAGGUGGUCAAGAGCAGGGCGUCUUGGUUCCGACUCGUCCACAAGAACACGCGCGUCUGCAUGUGGACCCACGGCGAGGCGCUUCCCGAUUGGGCUUUCAACCAGCAGGAAGUCAACGGCAACAAGAAUGCCAUGGACAAAACUUGUCUGUGGUACGUUGAAGAUCUCACCCCUAGCCCCGAGAGCCCGGACUAUGAAGAGCGACUCAAGCCUCUUGCGCCGCGCAAAGUGGUCAAGAUGAACUUUUUCAAGAAAUGGCUCGAGCUUCAGCUGCAGAUGCUUCAGCAGAAUGCCGGCCUCACUCAGAGCCACCCUUACGCUACAGGACCGAUCAACUGGCCGUUUUUGCUUCAAGGGAUCUCUUUCUGGACGCAGGACGCUGGGCAGCAUCAGAUCUACAUGAUCGGCAACCUCGUCUCAUGGUGGGGCACGAUUCUCGCCAUUUCCAUUUUUGUCGGUGUUGUGGGCGCUGACCUGCUCGCACGUCGUCGCGCCAUCUACCCGAUUCCCAGCGCGGUACGCAACCGCUUGCACAACUCGAGCGGCUUCUUUGUGAUGGCGUGGGCGUGCCACUAUCUGCCCUUCUUCCUCAUGUCGCGUCAGCUCUUCAUCCACCACUAUCUCCCUGCACACGUCUGCGCGUGUCUGGUGGCUGGCGGCGUGCUCAACUUUGUUACCAGCGAGACGAUCCAAUUCCCCAUCUCGAAACCAGGUCCGCUGCUUACCCCCAGACACUACCGGCCGAGGAUGGACAAUAUCGUGCCGCAACAGGCGCGGGCUUUCAUGGCUCUCGUCAUCGGUGCUCUUAUCGUGUGCUUUUGGUGGUUGAGCCCGCUCACUUACGGCACGCCCGGUCUUACCAACGCAGAGGUGCAUGCCAGAAGGCUCUUGCCAUCCUGGACGCUCCACUUUGCAAAGUGA